GUGACAGUCCCCACCAUCGCUUGUGUCUCACUGUGGGAGUGGCAGUCUGGCACAGUGGCUCUGCAAGUGGAUGAUAUUGGAUUCCUGCGUGUCUUGGUACGGAAAGGGGCGGAGCUCCAACAACCUCUCAAGUACUCCGCAAGCAUGGAGCGCGCUUACGAGUGACAUUCGUUUACAGUCUUUGAAUUCUGCGCAUUUUCACUGAGCGAAAGAGGAACAGACAGGAGAUCAUGUGUACAAAGCUCAGAAGAUAUCCUGAUAUUUCUGUUUAUCACUGUAUGCAGUUUUGUGUGUCUUUGAUGCUGACAUCAGUUUCACAAGGUGAAGUAAUAACUGAUGGAAAUAUUACAGCAUAUCUUGACAAAAAUAGAUCAAUCACAUGUAAACUGUCUAAGAUCUCUACAUCCAGCAAUCCUCAAUUUAGAUGGGAGAGACUACAAGAAGGAACAAUCGCUCAUUACUAUGAUGGAAAGGUGGUCAUUACUGAUGCAUAUAAAGAUCGUCUUAAUUUAUCUCUCAUUGCAACAAAUCAGUUUAUGAUCACUUACCACCCUUUAAAAGACAAUGAUAGUGGUUGCUAUCUCUGCAACUUUGAUGUCUACCCUACUGGGUUUCAGUCUGGAGAAGUAUGCAUCACUCUGCUUGCGGAAGUGAAAUCGACUGGCAAUGUUACAAUUAAUCUUGGAAAGCCGGCGACAGUCUCCUGCAGUUAUGAGUUUCCAGAUCAGGUCAUCCAGGUUCUGUGGAACAAAUAUCUACAGGAAAACAAAAUGGAGAUAAUUGCUUCACAUAAUAAAUACUAUCCUUCAAACAUUCCGUAUAAGUAUAAGGACAAAAUUUUUUUUUACUCCAGUGGAAAAACAUCCAAAGUUGUCUUCAAAGCUUUGUCAUUGCAGGAUGAAGCCUGUUACAUGUGUGAAUAUAACUUAUAUCCAUAUGGAACUAAAAGUAUAAGCAGCUGCAUUACUGUGCUUGUGCCACCCAAAUACAAUUCCAAUUAUGAACUUUUACUAGAUGGUUUCUACCAACUAAACUGCUCAGCUUUUGGAAAGCCAGCUCCAAUAGUGAGAUGGAAUAUGACCGAUGGCGACAUAAUCAAAAACGUGACAUACAUUACAGAAAUGUUUGACAAUGGCACCACUUUGGUGAUCAGCAGGGGUUUUGGUGCAGCUGCUAUAUUUAAUGAGAGGAGGAUUGUUUGCAUUAUAGAUCAUCCCAGUCUAACUUCACCAAUUACUGUUGAGAUCAAGGAAAAUGGAUCCAGUGCACUUCUCAUAGCAGUCAUGAUCGGCACUGCAGUUUUGAUCAUCUGUCUGUGUAUAUGCAUGUGGAAAUGCUUGGUACAUCAGGAUUAAUGUUUUUUAUUGUGACAGAAGAAGGACUUUAUUUCUUCAGUUUACAGAGUAAAGCUGACUGCAGCCUCAACUUUGCUUUCUUUCAUCCUCACCGCAGAUUGGAAUUGUUAAGAUGUUAUUCUGUAAACUCUUUGGAAAAGCAGGUGUCGGUCUACUACAGUACACGAGCUUGUGAUUUAAAAAGACUUUUAAUGUACCCCAUUAACAAACAAUAUAAUUGGUAUUCAAAUAUUUUAUGUAUGGUGAAUAACUUUUCUCUACAGUUUACUGAUUAGAAAAUAUUGUAAAAGGCUGAAGAUGAAACAUUAGGACUUUGAUGCACUUCUGAUUCCCUAGAAUUAAGCCUUACUUUUAAAAAUCUUUUGAUUUUUGAGGUGGCCUUUAAUCUCUAUGUGCCUAAAGCUAGACACUUUUUUUGUUUUGAUUAUUUGUACAUUUAAAAUAAAAAAAUUAAUAAUAUAACCAAUAGCUGAAACAUAUUAAAGUGCUAAAUAUACAUAUUAGAUACCCACCUAUCCAUAUAUCAUUAACUUCCCUUUCACCUACUUCAUGCUUAUAAAUUAAUUUACAAAUCCCAAACUGGCUAUCAUAGUGUUCACUAUGAUAUAAUAGUCAUCCCUUCAUGCACCCAUCCCUCAAUUCAUUGUAUUCAACAAACUUUUCCUCUUGGGGGUCACAAAAGCACAGCAACUUUAUUUUUUUAACAAAUAUAAAAUGUUGUUUUUUCUAUUUAAAAUUAGGAGUAUCACUGUCUAUGAUAUGCUGUAAAUAUAUUAAUGAAGAAGAACAUUUUUGAUGUGUAAUGCAGAUUUCUCAUUGUAAAGGCAAACUGGUUUAAGUAGUGGAAAAUCUGUGUAUUCUUCACUAACUUUAAGCAGUAAGAGUCAAAGCUAAUAUUACAUUUGUAUUUUAGUACUAUUAAAAAUGGUACCUUCUAUUACAAUAUAUUUAAUUUACAUCUUUAAAUACUAUACUAGUAUAUUUCCCAGUGUAACAAAGGUUUAUUUUUAUAGAUUCAGACCACAUUUUUCAACUUGAAAGUAUUGCCAUGCAGUGUUUCUGUGUAUAGGAUUUCAUGUUUAAUUGUAGAUGUAAGAAAGUCAAGCUGGUGCCUUCCUGGUUGCUUCCGUCUUCCUGCAUAACUAACACAACCAUUUCUAACCAAGACAAUAAGAAAAACAGACAAAGUUUGUGAACCCAAUUGAAGUGAAUGUUUGUCUUUAAUGUUAUAACUUGAGUUUAAAAUGUGUCAUAAAAGGUGACAUUGAAUAUUGUCUAUUAAAACUUAAAUUUUCAGAAGGCUUAACUAAUGACAUACAGUAUGUAAUAUUGACUGUUAAUAUAAGUAACAUUAAUAUGUUAAAUUAUGAGGCUACUAAGAACACUAAAUGAUAUUUUCUUUCUUCCUUUCUUUUGUUUUGUUGUUUUGACUUAAAAAAGCUUGAGAAUAAAGCUGGGAAAGCUCUUAGAUUGUUUAAGAAUAUACUGUAUAAUAAAGCUGUUUUUUAAAA